GCAGACCGUGAACGGCUAGUGCUUUGGUUUGUUUACGUCGUGAAUAUAAAAUGUCACAAUUACAGUUCUUGAAUGUGUUUAUCACCGAACGAUUAACAGCGGUAGCUAUGGAGAUAUCCGUUGUUCUUGAACAAAAUGUAGGCGAGUACCUGGAAGAAAUCUCCCGUUCAAAUGAGGAGAACAAACGUCUACAGAGCCUGUUGGAUUUGGUUUUCAACUCUGAAAUCAAGUUACACCACGAAGACUCCCAGCAGCUCUCUCUUCCUGUCUCUGAAGAGGAGGUUACACAUGAGCAGCAGCACUGUGAGCAGGAGAGGAGCCCCCGUCUGGGACAGGAGGACCCAGAGCCCACACAGAUUAAAGAGGAACAGGAGGAAGUCAGGACCAGUCAAGUGGAAGACCAGCCUCAAGGGCUGGAACCUGAUACCAAAGACAUCUUAAUCCCUGCCUGUGUGAAAAGUGACUAUGAACAGGACCCACCUCUGCCCUCACAUCUUGACCAAACCUUGGAGAACAGAGCUAGGGACUCUCUACCCACCAACACAACUGAACAGAUCAAAACAGAACCUGAUGGAGAGGAUUACAGCAUAUCAGAACCAACUAACGACUCUCAGCUCCUCUCUGAAGCCCAGGUAGAAAACAUAGACGAACAUGUUGAUGGGAUGGAGAGACCCAUUCCCCCUCCCUUCUCUCCAGACUCCCAGCAGCCCUCUCUCCCUGUCUCUAAAGAGGAGGUUCCCCCAGAGCAGCAGGAGAGAAGCCCCAGGCUGGGUCUGGAGGACCCAGAGCCCACAAAACAAGAGGAACUCUGGAUGAAUCAGGAGGAACAGCAGCUGGAAUCUGACAGCAGAGUAUCAGAACCAACCAGUGACUCCCAGCUCCUCUCUGCAGUAAAUCCAGACUGUUCUACAGCUCAGAGUGAAAACAGAGUAUCAGAACCAACCAGUGACUCUCAGCUCCUCUCUGCAGUAAAUCCAGACUGUUCUGCAGCUCAGAGUGAAAACAGAGUAUCAGAACCAACCAGUGACUCCCAGCUCCUCUCUGCAGUAAAUCCAGACUGUUCUGCAGCUCUGGGUGAAAACUUUGUAUCAGAACCAACCAGUGACUCUCAGCUCCUCUCUGCAGUAAAUCCAGACUGUUCUGCAGCUCUGGGUGAAAACAGAGUAUGUGUUGAUGGGGCAGUAGAGAUGCUUAUUCUUAUUCUCCUCCCUCCAGACUCCCAGCAGCUCUCUCUCCCUGUCUCUGAAGAGGAGGUUCCCCCUGAACAGCAGCACUGUGAGCAGGAGAGGAGCCCCCGUCAGGGGCAGGAGGACCCAGAGCCCACACAGAUUAAAGAGGAACAGGAGGAAGUCAGGACCAGUCAAGAGGAAGACCAGCCUCAAGAUCUGGAGUCUGAAAUCAGAGUAUUAGAACCAACCAGCCUCUGCAGAUUGUUUGAACCAACUUGUCUUUGCAAAGAAUUAGAAUCAAUGUCUGUAGCAAAUCCAGACUGUUCUGCAGCUAAGAGUGAAAAGAUAGAAGAAUAUGUUGAUGGGGUGGAGAGACCCAUUCUACCUUCCAACCCUCCAGAACUCCCUGUCUUUGAAGAGGAGGUUCCCCCUGAGCAGCAAGAGAGGAGCACCAGUCUGCAGCAGGAGGACCCAGAGCCCACAAAGGUUAAAGACAAACGGGAGGAAUUUGAGAUCAGGCAGGAGGAAGAGCAGCUUUACAUUGGGCUAUCAGAAUCAACAAGCCUUUGUAGAGUAUCAGAACCAACCCUCUCUGCAGCAAAUCCAGACUGUUCUGAAGCCCAGGUAGGAAACAUAGAAGAACAUGUUGAUGGGAUGGAGAGACCCAUUCCCCCUCCCUUCUCUCCAGACUCCCAGCAGCCCUCUCUCCCUGUCUCUAAAGAGGAGGUUCCCCCAGAGCAGCAGGAGAGAAGCCCCAGGCUGGGUCUGGAGGACCCAGAGCCCACAAAACAAGAGGAACUCUGGAUGAAUCAGGAGGAACAGCAGCUGGAAUCUGACAGCAGAGUAUCAGAACCAACCAGUGACUCUCAGCUCCUCUCUGCAGUAAAUCCAGACUGUUCUGCAGCUCAGAGUGAAAACAGAGUAUCAGAACCAACCAGUGACUCUCAGCUCCUCUCUGCAGUAAAUCCAGACUGUUCUGCAGCUCAGAGUGAAAACAGAGUAUCAGAACCAACCAGUGACUCUCAGCUCCUCUCUGCAGUAAAUCCAGACUGUUCUGCAGCUCAGAGUGAAAACAGAGUAUCAGAACCAACCAGUGACUCUCAGCUCCUCUCUGCAGUAAAUCCAGACUGUUCUGCAGCUCAGAGUGAAAACAGAGUAUCAGAACCAACCAGUGACUCUCAGCUCCUCUCUGCAGUAAAUCCAGACUGUUCUGCAGCUCUGGGUGAAAACAGAGUAUCAGAACCAACCAGUGACUCUCAGCUCCUCUCUGCAGUAAAUCCAGACUGUUCUGCAGCUCAGAGUGAAAACUUUGUAUCAGAACCAACCAGUGACUCCCAGCUCCUCUCUGCAGUAAAUCCAGACUGUUCUACAGCUCUGGGUGAAAACAGAGUAUCAGAACCAACCAGUGACUCUCAGCUCCUCUCUGCAGUAAAUCCAGACUGUUCUGCAGCUCUGGGUGAAAACUUUGUAUCAGAACCAACCAGUGACUCUCAGCUCCUCUCUGCAGUAAAUCCAGACUGUUCUACAGCUCAGAGUGAAAACGGUAAAGUUCAUCAGAGUCCCAGCACUUCUAAAGAACAAGAUUCUAGUAACGUGGAAUCAAAUGAAGCAUCUAGUUCCUCUACCUGGACUGAGGAAGUCAUCUCAGUAACAGACAGCCACUCUUCAGACAGUAGCUCCUGCACUAAAGAAGACUCUGAGGCACGGAAACCAGCAAAGAGAACAUGCCAUUCUAGUGGUGUGGUGAACGAACCAUCUGAUUUGUCCAACUUAUGUGAUGAAAACAACCCGGGGACUGAGAUCAGCCCUUCAGACGGCAACAAUGACAUGAACAUCCGAACACCCUCUGGGGCUCCUAGUCCAGCUAAGAGGAUAUGUCUGAGGGUGCAGAGGGCUUCACCAGAGGUUGUGUGCAGUAGGGUGACCACCCCAUCAGCAGCUCCAAGCUCCACACAUGUCAUACCAAUGUCUGUAACCCACAGUGGAAGGUCUAAGAAACAGGGUUGUCGGUACUGUGGAAAGGCUUAUGUUAAAAUCACGAGACCCCUGCGGAUUGUGCAUCGGGAUGCAGCCAAGGCCUUCAGCUUCGGAAAGAAGUCCGGGGAGAGAAAAGUGUCACGUCUUCUGAGUGAAAAGGGAAGCGUUGUGCGUGAUGCUGCCGUAGCAAGACGUGGGAGUGGAGAGAUGGCCUCCUGUUCCCGUCCCAAAGUGCCAGGAUCCACUCCAUGUUACACCCACUGCUUGCACAGUCAAGGUCUGUACAUCCGAAAGUCACUACGGAAGCAUGUCAGAUACUGCCCUCUGAACCCCAAAGCUGAAGAACCAAAACCUGGACCAAAGAGGAGGAUUCAGUCAGCAAUGGCGUUUAUGAUGCGUCCUCAACCCGACUACGUCAGCACAGGUCUUUGGAAGGUCGUUUGUGGUAUGAACUCCGGCCAAGUUUCAUUUGUGGUUAGAAAUGACAAAUGUAUCCUCCUUAUGGGAGAGGAGCUGUACAACAAACUACAGCCAGAUAACAGAAGAAACAAAUACAUUCAACAAAGAAUGAGAGAGGUGGCGAGACUCCUCAUCACGGCCAGGACGUGUACACCUCUGAUGUGCUUUGAGGACUUGGUCAUACCUAGUAAUUUACCUCACGUCAUCAUGGCAGUGAGAGCUGUUGCUGGCUACAACGAGGAGAACAAAACGUACGACCGUCCGACGCUGGCUGUUCAAAUGGGAUACAACUUAAUGAACAUUGGCAGCGCUGUGGAAUCCUGUGCACUGAGGUCAGGACGACGCGAAGUCGCGGAGUCUGCUGGCAAAUUCAAACGUUUCAAGUGGAAUGAGGUUGUUUUGGCUGGAGCGCUGACCACUCUCAGUGAACCCCAAAAUAAAUGUCCACAGCCGACCACUGUAACACAGGCGCCUGGCCAGCCGACCUGUCGCGCAGGCACCGAGCCGACCCGUCGCACAGGCACCGAGCCGACCCGUCGCACAGGCGCCGAGCCGACCCGUCGCACACGCACCCAGCCGACCCGUCGCACACGCACCCAGCCGACCGCAGUCGCACAGGUGCCUGGCCAGCCGACCCGACGCACACGCACCCAGCCAACCCAAAGAAACACUGUGAGAUUAAAGUGGAUCGUUGAUGAGGCAGCAGCAGCAGUAGAGAAACACAAGAUGCCGGUCAGAAAGAGUGGCCAAGUUCCUGGAAAGAGGGACUGCCUCAAAUGCCUCCAGUCAGAACCUGUGGCGCUCAAAAGCAGAAACUGGUCGGGCAUUAAGUUCUAUGUAAAUAGAGUCAAACGGAGACAGAGUGCUGCAGGGAAUUCAGAGGGCAGCACCCCUGACCUGGACUCAAACUCAGGUCCAGAGACUGGCAACCCAACACCUUAGCCAAACAAAAUGUUAUUGUUCUUUGACUCAAUAAUUGGUGCAUUCUGGGUGUGCUAUAAAGUUCAGACGUUAUGGGCAGAGUUAGAAAUCUGUCUGUCAGAGGUUUUACAAUGUAAGUUUACUUUGAAUCCGUCUGUAUGCAUGUUUCAAGACAUGGCAUAGUAGAUAACGUUAGAUAACCAAUGGGUUGGACAAUAUUAUUUUACUUAAAUACUGGAAGUCAACGUUAAGAGAAUGGAAGAAUCAAACAUUUUAUUAUUUAAUUGAAUACAAUCUUUCUACAGACAGAAACAACACAACGAUUUGAAGUCGUGGGAAAAUGUCCCCUUUUUUUAUAAACUUGUUUUUCAACCCCUGAGAAACACAGUUACUGAAGCGUCCCUGGAGCAGUUUAGUGGUUCUGUGCCUUGCUCAAGGGCACAACAGCAGGAGGCGGCAUCUAGGAUACCCGGAAGCCUACCAGAAUUGUUCCGUUCAGACUUGGGGAUUCAAACCAGUGACUUUCCAGUUGUAGAUCUGCCUCUAAGGACAUGAUCAAUGAAAUGUUACCUGGCUAAAACCAUUUACAACAACGACUACAUUACAAACUGUUUUCCUUAGCUCGCUGAAUAACCUAGUGUUGGACUACGGUUAGCAAAAUUCACAGGUUUUCCAGAAAUCCUGGUUGAAAUGUUCACUGAAUCAGAAGGGAUUUUAAGCAUGAAUCCUCCAUCCAGGAUUUCCGGAAUACCUGUGAGUUUCGGGAGAGAGAGCAGGAUUUCCAGGAAUACCUGUGAGUUUCGGGAGAGAGAGAGCAGGAUUUCCAGGAAUACCUGUGAGUUUCGGGAGAGAGAGAGCAGGAUUUCCAGGAAUACCUGUGAGUUUCGGGAGAGAGAGCAGGACUUCCAGGAAUACCUGUGAGUUUCGGGAGAGAGAGAGCAGGAUUUCCAGGAAUACCUGUGAGUUUCGGGAGAGAGAGAGCAGGACUUCCAGGAAUACCUGUGAGUUUCGGGAGAGAGAGCAGGAUUUCCAGGAAUACCUGUGAGUUUCGGAAGAGAGAGCAGGAUUUCCAGGAAUACCUGUGAGUUUCGGAAGAGAGAGCAGGAUUUCCAGGAAUACCUGUGAGUUUCGGGGGAGAGAGAGCAGGACUUCCAGGAAUACCUGUGAGUUUCGGGGGAGAGAGAGCAGGACUUCCAGGAAUACCUGUGAGUUUCGGGAGAGAGAGAGAGAGAGCAGGAUUUCCAGGAAUACCUGUGAGUUUCGGGAGAGAGAGAGAGAGAGCAGGAUUUCCAGGAAUACCUGUGAGUUUCGGGAGAGAGAGAGAGAGAGCAGGAUUUCCAGGAAUACCUGUGAGUUUCGGGAGAGAGAGCAGGAUUUCCAGGAAUACCUGUGAGUUUCGGAAGAGAGAGCAGGAUUUCCAGGAAUACCUGUGAGUUUCGGAAGAGAGAGCAGGAUUUCCAGGAAUACCUGUGAGUUUCGGGGGAGAGAGAGCAGGACUUCCAGGAAUACCUGUGAGUUUCGGGAGAGAGAGCAGGAUUUCCAGGAAUACCUGUGAGUUUCGGGAGAGAGAGCAGGAUUUCCAGGAAUACCUGUGAGUUUCGGGAGAGAGAGAGAGAGAGCAGGAUUUCCAGGAAUACCUGUGAGUUUCGGGGGAGAGAGCAGGAUUUCCAGGAAUACCUGUGAGUUUCGGGAGAGAGAGAGAGAGAGCAGGAUUUCCAGGAAUACCUGUGAGUUUCGGGGGAGAGAGCAGGAUUUUGCAACUCCAGUUGGGCUCUAUUAAAGUUACUAUUGAAUGAUCAUCAUCCUUGUGAAAUCUUUAUUGAUAGAACUAAAUACUGCUUCCUACAUGGACACUUUUAUGAUAGAAUUGGGCAGGACUCAAUCAUUUUGCCAUUAUAGAGAUAUAUAUUUUUGUAACAUCCCAAUUUAAUGUCUGGUGUAUGUCACAUUACUCAACAACUCCAUUUGGUGUCGACUUAGGGAGAUGGGCUUACAAUAUGUGCCAAUGUUACCCUAAAUUGCUUUGUUUGAUUCUCCACAACAGACAGACUACUUUUGUGUGUUUCCUCAUGGAUGCAUUGCCAUACACCUGAGAACAGUGGGAAAACACACUGCUACAAACAAAACAAGGGCUUCAUUCAAACAUGUCAAUUCAAGACAUGAUCAGUGUCGUUAUUAGAACACACAAAUACAGUCUCAGAUGUCUCUAAAACAUCUAGUUUAUGUAUGAAACCACUGUUGUAUAAUGAUCUGUCAUGUAUUAACUCAACUCUGUUGCAUUAUUUGAGACCAAGUAUUCGCAUCCCUUGACUUUUUUCCACGUUUUGUGUUAUAGCCUGAAUUUAAAAUAGAUUGAAUUGAGAUUUUUGUCACUGACCUACACACAAUAUCUCAUAAUGUCAAAGUGGAAUUUGUUUUUUAUUUUUUUAUUUGACAAAUUAGAUGACAUAUUUCUGUUUUUCAUUUUCAAUAAAUAUGCAAAUAUU